UCCCCCUCCCCCCGAACCUCUUUAUUUGACAAGAUGGAGGAUCUAGCAAGUCCUGUUCAAGGUCUUCAGAAACAGUCCUACGUUCCUCGUCCUCCUGCAACACUUUAUUAUCAUGAAUCAAUGAAACCUCUUGCACAAAGCAUCGCUGAGAGAUGUAGUCAGCCAUCAGUGUGGCCCAAGGUCGCUGAAGGCCAGUUUGUUCAGUGUGUUAAGAUGGUGCACAUUGAUUGGGACAAGUUUCCAGAUGGCUGGCCUAACUUGAACAUUCAAAAUUUAAAACAGGAUUGUGCUGGGAAAGAUGUCAUUUUUCUUGGCAGUUUUCAUUCUCCAGAAGUUGUUUUUGAAGAACUCUCAGUCUUGUACAAAAUACCAAGAUCUCUUGCUAGGUCAUUUACAUUCAUUCUUCCUUAUUUUCCUACUGGGACCAUGGAGCGGGAGGACACAGAAGGCCAGAUUGCAACUGCAAAGACCCUGGCCACUCUGCUGUCUGCCAUCCCUCUAACAGCAAGAGGACCAUCACAGAUUGUCAUUUUUGACAUUCAUGCUUUGCAGGAGAGGUUUUAUUUUGGUGACAAUGUUAUACCAAGGCUGGAGUCUGCAAUUCCUCUGCUGAUGAGAGAGUUAAAGAAAUUGAAUGACAACCUGAGCAUAGCAUUUCCAGAUGAGGGAGCAUUUAAAAGAUUUCACACCAUGUUUACAGCCUUCCCAAAUAUCACAUGUAUCAAGAUACGUAAUGGUAACACAAGAUCUGUCGAAGUUAAGGAAGGUGAUCCAAAAGACCAUCAUGUGGUGAUUAUUGAUGAUCUGGUUAUGACUGGAGGUACCCUCAUACAGUGUGCAAAGGCUCUCGAAGCUGCAGGAGCAUCCAAGAUCAGUGCAUACGUCACACAUGCUGUCUUCCCUAAACAGUCUUGGAAGAAAUUCACUGAAUGCGAUGUACCUUUUGAGAAGUUCUACAUAACAGAUUCUCUUCCCCAUUCUACAGAAAUUGCCAAAGAAGCUCCCUUUGAGCUGCUUUCUCUUUGUGAUGUCAUUUCUGAUACGCUUUUGGGUUUUGACCUUUUGCAAACUUAAGAUCCAUUGUAUCCUCAGGAAACCUCCUUAGGGCUUAUAUUAUCCUUAUUUCAAUAAAGUUACCAAAUACCUA